AUGAAAAUACUCGAGGCACAGAACAGUGUGUUGUCGAACCACGAAGUGUACGAACACCUGGCUAAUCACCAGUCACGUCACAAGGCGAGGAAUCGGCGCGCGCCGGGAAAUCUCGGCACCAUUGUCACAGAGGUGCUCAAGUACCUACGGACAGCCCCGAGCCCCUUUCAUAACCAGGGCCAGAGUAAAAAUUAUGACCAGUCCGUGGUCUCGCGGCUUCUCGAGAGGCUGAGCGACGCCAACCUCAACCAAGACCUUGCCAAGGGCGAAGUCCUCAUGAUCCUCAACCUGCGCCCUUCCUCCACCGCGGUCCUGAGCACGAUCAUCGAUGACAUGCCGGAGCGGUUUUCAGAGGAUGAGCAGGAGGCAAUUAUCGACAUCAUCGCCGAGGUCCUUGGCCGAGACGACCCUGGACCCAUUGGGGAAGCCGGUCCCGACGAGAGUGCUAUGCCAUCCAUCGAAAAUGGCGCUUGA